AUGGCCGAUUUUCUCUCUCGCGCAGUCGAGAUGGUGCGGCGAGCAACUGAGGAAGACACCAAGGGGAACAUGGAAGAAGCCCUAUUAUUGUAUCAAACUGCCUUUGAAUACUUUCUCACCGCACUCAAAUACGAAAAGAACGAGCGCGUGAGGGACACGGUUCGGAAAAAGCUCGUCGAGUACAUGGCCAGGGCCGAAAAGAUCAAGAUGCACUUGGCCAAGCUGGAGGAAAAGCCUAAAAAGAAGGCCAUGGCCGCAUCCUCCAACAUCAUUCAUGGACGAGGCAACAAGAAAAAGGACAGUGACGAUUCGGAUGAUGAGGAUGCGGAUACAAAGAAAUUAAAGGACGCAUUGACAUCCGCCAUCUUGACGGAGAAACCGAACGUCAAGUGGUCCGAUGUCGCAGGACUUGAUGCCGCAAAGGAAUCACUAAAGGAGGCUGUCAUCCUUCCUAUUAAAUUUCCUCACUUGUUCACAGGAAAUCGUGUGCCAUGGAAGGGUAUCUUGCUGUAUGGACCACCGGGAACAGGAAAAUCGUUUCUGGCCAAGGCAGUUGCAACAGAGGCCAAUUCGACCUUCUUUUCUAUCUCUUCAUCGGAUCUCGUCUCAAAAUGGAUGGGAGAAUCAGAGAGGCUGGUGAAGCAAUUGUUCCAGAUGGCCCGAAAGAGCAAGCCCGCGAUUAUUUUUAUCGACGAAGUAGAUUCACUGUGCGGAUCGCGUGGCGAAGGAGACAGCGAGGCAUCGCGUCGUGUCAAGACAGAGAUUUUGGUGCAGAUGAACGGUGUUGGCAACGAUAUGGAUGGCGUCCUCGUCCUUGGCGCCACCAAUAUCCCAUGGCAGCUGGAUGCUGCCAUCCGAAGACGAUUUGAGAAGAGGAUUUAUAUUCCGCUGCCGGAUGCGCAUGCGAGAGCAAAGAUGUUUGAGCUGAAUGUCGGCAAGACGCCCUGUGCGAUUACAUCGCAGGAUUAUAAGUACCUCGGACAAAUCACAGAAGGAUACUCUGGAUCGGAUAUUACAAUUGCUGUGCGAGAUGCACUGAUGAUGCCAAUCCGUAAAGUGCAGGCGAGCACACAUUUCAAGUGGGUUGAUGCGCCUUCACGUGCGGACCCUGGAAAGAUGACGAAGCAUCUGACGCCGUGUUCGCCUGGUGACCCUUCGGCGUUGGAAAUGAGCUGGGAGCAAGUCGAGAGCGAUCAGUUGCUGGAACCAACGUUGGGGAUGCAGGAUUUUUUGAGGGCGGUGAAGUCUGUAAGGCCGACUGUCAGUGCGGAUGAUAUUGUCGAGCACACAAAGUUCACGCUCGAAUUUGGAAGCGAGGGAUAA